AUGCAGCGCACUCAAGCGGGCGGCGCCCCACUGCCGCAGACGGCCGGCCCCACACACCAGCACUACCGCUCGCACGCGCAUGCAUUCUAUGCAGACAUUGAUGAUCAGAUACCAGCUUCUGUGAUCAGCAGCGUUGGAACAGUUAGUUUAUCUCAGUCGACGACCAAUCCAACCCCAAACAUAACCAUGGCAAAUCCGACUAACCCCGGCAAUGCUAGCAGCACCAACAAUGGCCAGGCGUCGGGUCAACAAACAACGACAGCACCCGUGCCAAGAAAUCUGCCAAAGAAACGGAAAUUUGACCCUUCCGAAUUUGAAGAUAUAGAACGAAAUUGCGUGUCUAACGUCGCCGUUUCAGCGCCCAGCUAUACGACGACAGUGCUACCAUCGCCGAUAGUCCAACGCUCGCCGCCUCCAGCUGAGAUCAAACCGUUUUCCAUCUAUCCAAACAUCGACCUAUCAGAGUGGCGGGAUCAUAGGGUCUUAGCGAAACAACGAGGUUUAUACGUCCCGGGGGUGAUACGGCAGGCGGAAGGCUGUAAAGUGAUCGUAGAGCUGGACGGCCAGGAGAACGAACCAGUGGAGUAUAGUGAUGUGUUCGGUGCUAACAAAUACGAUGUGAUUAGUGAUGCAAGUCCGCAGCUAAGUCAUCUGCAAAUCGGAUCUGCAUGUGUAGUCCGGACUGCGGAUCCGACAAGGGAGAGUCUGCAGAACAUAUUCAUUGAAGGACUCGUGUUCGAAGUGCACAAUUCGCCUAUUAGAAUAAGAGUCAGGGUAUCGGACGGCGAGCUAUGUAAGGACACAGUGGAGGUGAAGCGAGCGGACAUAAGGCUGCUGCAGCCGCCUUGGGCCGACGAACUGGAGGACGCGGACUCGCACGCCGCCGCCGCCAUGUACCCGCAGAUACUGCGCGCCCACCACCCGCCCACGCAGAUCGGCGGGGACCACUUCUAUACGUCGUCGCCGAUGGCGGGUGCCGUGGCGGCGGGCGGGCUCGCUAACGGCACCAUGGACGAGCUGCGAAAGCGAGCCUUCGACGACUACGGCGAGAGCGACGACGAGCUGAGGAGGGAGGACAUUAUGUUCCCCACCGACGCGUCUCAUAUGGAAUGUAAUAACAGCAAACGGAGCAGUCUUCAAAGUCGUGGCAGCACGUCAAGUCUGCUCGAACGUAGUCUUACCCCUCGAUCUCAACCUCCUACUCCUAGAUCUCAAGCGGCGACCCCGCACAAGUACAAGAAAGGUGACGUGGUGUCAACUCCUACGGGCAUCCGCAAAAAGUUCAACGGCAAACAGUGGCGACGGCUGUGCUCGAAAGAUGGCUGCACGAAGGAGAGCCAGCGGCGUGGCUUCUGUUCGCGGCAUCUCUCGCUGCGAGGAGUUGCGCGCUCCUCAAACACUCCGCUUGCGCAUGGCUCUGGCUCUACGCAUACCCCUCACCAAAGGAGCAGUAGUAAAUCUCUGUCCUCGAGCGGUACGUGCGUAGAGGGCGAUGAAACUUCACGGGAGUCCGAUACAACGCCGCCACAUUAUCGAGUCGCUGGUCGUUUCGAUCCUGACGAGACUGAAGCUGCCAACAUGCUUGUGUCGUUGGGCAGCUCGCGGUCGGGCAGCCCGGGCGCAUCGCCGGUGGGCGGCGUGUCGUCGCCGGCGCUGCGCAGCAACGUGUUCGUGCCCAUCUCGUCGCCGCAGCCGCCGCAGCCACCGCACCACCACCCGCACCCGCACCACCCGCACCACGCGCACCACCACUACCACAGCCUCAUCAGGUACGUCGCCGGCGCUGCGCAGCAACGUGUUCGUGCUCAUCUCGUCGCCGCAGCCGCCGCAGCCACCGCACCACCACCCGCACCCGCACCACCCGCACCACGCGCACCACCACUACCACAGCCUCAUCAGGUACGUCGCCGGCGCUGCGCAGCAACGUGUUCGUGCCCAUCUCGUCGCCGCAGCCGCCGCAGCCACCGCACCACCACCCGCACCCGCACUACCCGCACCACGCGCACCACCACUACCACAGCCUCAUCAGGUACGUCGCCGGCGCUGCGCAGCAACGUGUUCGUGCCCAUCUCGUCGCCGCAGCCGCCGCAGCCACCGCACCACCACCCGCACCCGCACCACCCGCACCACGCGCACCACCACUACCACAGCCUCAUCAGGUACGUCGCCGGCGCUGCGCAGCAACGUGUUCGUGCCCAUCUCGUCGCCGCAGCCGCCGCAGCCACCGCACCACCACCCGCACCCGCACCACCCGCACCACGCGCACCACCACUACCACAGCCUCAUCAGGUACGUCGCCGGCGCUGCGCAGCAACGUGUUCGUGCCCAUCUCGUCGCCGCAGCCGCCGCAGCCACCGCACCACCACCCGCACCCGCACCACCCGCACCACGCGCACCACCACUACCACAGCCUCAUCAGGUACGUCGCCGGCGCUGCGCAGCAACGUGUUCGUGCCCAUCUCGUCGCCGCAGCCGCCGCAGCCACCGCACCACCACCCGCACCCGCACCACCCGCACCACGCGCACCACCACUACCACAGCCUCAUCAGGUACGUCGCCGGCGCUGCGCAGCAACGUGUUCGUGCCCAUCUCGUCGCCGCAGCCGCCGCAGCCACCGCACCACCACCCGCACCCGCACCACCCGCACCACGCGCACCACCACUACCACAGCCUCAUCAGGUACGUCGCCGGCGCUGCGCAGCAACGUGUUCGUGCCCAUCUCGUCGCCGCAGCCGCCGCAGCCACCGCACCACCACCCGCACCCGCACCACCCGCACCACGCGCACCACCACUACCACAGCCUCAUCAGGUACGUCGCCGGCGCUGCGCAGCAACGUGUUCGUGCCCAUCUCGUCGCCGCAGCCGCCGCAGCCACCGCACCACCACCCGCACCCGCACCACCCGCACCACGCGCACCACCACUACCACAGCCUCAUCAGGUACGUCGCCGGCGCUGCGCAGCAACGUGUUCGUGCCCAUCUCGUCGCCGCAGCCGCCGCAGCCACCGCACCACCACCCGCACCCGCACUACCCGCACCACGCGCACCACCACUACCACAGCCUCAUCAGGUACGUCGCCGGCGCUGCGCAGCAACGUGUUCGUGCCCAUCUCGUCGCCGCAGCCGCCGCAGCCACCGCACCACCACCCGCACCCGCACCACCCGCACCACGCGCACCACCACUACCACAGCCUCAUCAGGUACGUCGCCGGCGCUGCGCAGCAACGUGUUCGUGCCCAUCUCGUCGCCGCAGCCGCCGCAGCCACCGCACCACCACCCGCACCCGCACCACCCGCACCACGCGCACCACCACUACCACAGCCUCAUCAGGUACGUCGCCGGCGCUGCGCAGCAACGUGUUCGUGCCCAUCUCGUCGCCGCAGCCGCCGCAGCCACCGCACCACCACCCGCACCCGCACCACCCGCACCACGCGCACCACCACUACCACAGCCUCAUCAGGUACGUCGCCGGCGCUGCGCAGCAACGUGUUCGUGCCCAUCUCGUCGCCGCAGCCGCCGCAGCCACCGCACCACCACCCGCACCCGCACCACCCGCACCACGCGCACCACCACUACCACAGCCUCAUCAGGUACGUCGCCGGCGCUGCGCAGCAACGUGUUCGUGCCCAUCUCGUCGCCGCAGCCGCCGCAGCCACCGCACCACCACCCGCACCCGCACCACCCGCACCACGCGCACCACCACUACCACAGCCUCAUCAGGUACGUCGCCGGCGCUGCGCAGCAACGUGUUCGUGCCCAUCUCGUCGCCGCAGCCGCCGCAGCCACCGCACCACCACCCGCACCCGCACCACCCGCACCACGCGCACCACCACUACCACAGCCUCAUCAGGUACGUCGCCGGCGCUGCGCAGCAACGUGUUCGUGCCCAUCUCGUCGCCGCAGCCGCCGCAGCCACCGCACCACCACCCGCACCCGCACCACCCGCACCACGCGCACCACCACUACCACAGCCUCAUCAGGUACGUCGCCGGCGCUGCGCAGCAACGUGUUCGUGCCCAUCUCGUCGCCGCAGCCGCCGCAGCCACCGCACCACCACCCGCACCCGCACCACCCGCACCACGCGCACCACCACUACCACAGCCUCAUCAGGUACGUCGCCGGCGCUGCGCAGCAACGUGUUCGUGCUCAUCUCGUCGCCGCAGCCGCCGCAGCCACCGCACCACCACCCGCACCCGCACCACCCGCACCACGCGCACCACCACUACCACAGCCUCAUCAGGUACGUCGCCGGCGCUGCGCAGCAACGUGUUCGUGCCCAUCUCGUCGCCGCAGCCGCCGCAGCCACCGCACCACCACCCGCACCCGCACCACCCGCACCACGCGCACCACCACUACCACAGCCUCAUCAGGUACGUCGCCGGCGCUGCGCAGCAACGUGUUCGUGCCCAUCUCGUCGCCGCAGCCGCCGCAGCCACCGCACCACCACCCGCACCCGCACCACCCGCACCACGCGCACCACCACUACCACAGCCUCAUCAGACCAGAACUAGUCCGGCCGGGUAGAGUUAGUUCACCAAUGAGUAGUGUAGCCACGAGUGUCAUUAGAGUAUCACCGGCGCCCACUUAUCACUAUCAGGUGGAAAGUAGAAACGGACCAACAAACUUACAGACGAACAAUCUAAGCGCCCAGUCAAGUGUAAUCGGAAUACAAACAGGACUGAACAUUCAAAGCGUACAAACGAGCUUAAACGCACCAACUACCAUACAAUCUAGUUUAAACCUGCAGCCCAGUAUAUCGCUCAACCUGAACAGCCUAAACUCGCAGAGCCUUCAAACAAGCAUUGCGAAUUCGAUCCGGAACGCAAAGAUGGACGAAGCCCCGCACAAUCUAGUCGUACAUAGAAAUAUCCCCACAUCAAACGGCAUCGAUCAAGAGCACAAUAUGUACCGCACUCAGCCACUUCACAUCCGAAACGGAUUGUACGAAACGUAUAGACGCGAAGAUGUCCCGUCGCCACUGAACAACCAUGAAAAUUUUGUGAAUAAACGAGUCUCGGACUACGAGGAAGAGGAUCAUUCCGUUCCUCAGACCGAAUGCAAAAUAAGUCGCGGUGUGAUCGACCCGCGCCCUUUAGAACACUCCGAGGCUCGAGUUUUCGAAGAUAAACGUAUCAUUAAACCUGCCCCUUUACAGGCGCGUCCUAUAUCAAUGAUCGAUGCAGAUUCCAAGGACUCUAUUAAGAGGCUCUAUGUUAUUCCACAGAAUUCGUUAGAAAAGAAGCUCGUUUUGAUAAAAAAGGAGCCAACGGAAACUGUUCAAUUAGAACCGAAUUCUCAUCAGUUGUUACAGAUGAGCAACAGUGACCAGGAGACGGAGUCUAGAGGAGGUCUAGACAAUGGUGACCAUAUAAAUAACGUUAGCAACAGCGCAGUGAUUGUGCAUCCGAGUCAAUUGCUUCCAGUCCUGCCACCACCAACAUCACACACCGCUAUCAUUGUGUCAACGAGCGGCGUAUCGGGCGGCGUGUUCCCGUGGCAGUCGCUGGUGCCGUUGCUGAAGGCGGCGUCCCCUCCCCCCGCGCAAGCGCCUGCCUCCCCGCGCACGCCGCGCACGCCUCGCACGCCGCACACGCCGCACACGCCGCACACACCACACACACCACACACGCCGCACCUCAAGACCGAGGAACAGAUCAAGUCCGAGACCAGUGAGACCGUAACAACGAUGUGUGCUGACGAGGAUGAUGAAGUUUUCGAGUGCGAGGACUCCGGUUCGGGUGGAGGUGAAGAUGCCUCUAAGCGGCGAUCGCAAAGCCUUUCGUCUCUUAACCAGACAUCGUCAGGGCCUGAAAAGAAGGAACGCCGGAUCCGUCGUCCAAUGAAUGCAUUCAUGAUAUUUUCUAAACGACACCGCCAAAUGGUGCAUCAGAGACAUCCAAAUCAAGACAACCGAACCGUCAGCAAAAUACUAGGCGAAUGGUGGUACUCAUUAAAGCCUGAGGAGAAACAAAAGUAUAAUGAGCUGGCUAGCGAAGUAAAAGAAGCGCACUUCAAAGCCCAUCCGGAGUGGAAAUGGUGCAACAAGGAUAGAAGAAAGUCUUCGAGUAGUAGAGAUCCUACGGGCUCAAUGCCGCAGAGUCCUCGCACGCCAUCGGAUGCAGCGAGCAGUGGCGUCGCCACCAGCGCUGCGGACGUCCCGCUCAACGUCGCCGCCUACAACCACGUCGGCUCGCCGCAACUCAGCGACGACGACCAAAUGAUGGGGCAAGCGAUGUCGGAGGAGGUGGCAAGUGGGCAAGGUGCAGCGAGCGGGGCGGGCGUGGUGGGCGGGGCGGGCGAGAUGGAGCUGAAGUGCGGCGAGCGGGUGACGGACUCGGACUCCGAGGGCGCGGACGCGCGCGACUACGUGCCGCAGCUCGACCACACCCGCCGCCCCAAGCCCAUCAAGGCCAGGGCGGGUUCGUCGGAUAACCUGCUGGGCGGCAUCACGGCUUCCAGUCCCGGUGGCUCCAAAGUGUUCCAGCCCACAGGUGGCGCGUUCAAGUCUACGCAUGUAGACACAGGCGACAACCACAGACAAUGGACAGCGUUUACGACCGUCAACAAAACGAGCCUACCCAACCAAGUGCCCAGCUCACCGCAUCCAGUGCAAACCACGACCAGUACCCAAAAUUUGACCAACAGUGUCCAGGGCAUAUCGCUCAACACUCCUAAUCUAUCGACACAGGCUGCGCUGGACAACGCGAUAGCGUCGAUAAUGAACUCGCCCACCUCCACUAGUGGUGUGCAGGUGAUAUCAAGCGGGAUAUCGAUUCCCAGUCAGUCGAUGAGCCAAACGCCAACGUCAACGGCUUUAAGCAACGCAUUGCUCAAAAGUGUCACACUGGUGAAGAGGAAUAUUGGAGAUACUGCUACUGCUGGACCGAUAACACUAUCGGUCGACGCGUCAGGCAACCUCUUCACAUACGUGCAGUUGCAAAGAUUGUACGUGCCAUCUUUCGAAGCCGAAGUCGACCCCAACAAGAAUCAAAACCAAAACGCGCAAAGUGGUCAGUCUGUGAUAGUGUCUCAAAGUAACCAUACGGUGCCUAAACCUAAUACGCAAUGGGAAGCUCCUGUAGAAGAAACACGUCCAUUCCCACUGGCCCCCACUCCUGCACAACUUGGUAGGGCUCCUCUCCAAAAGAGAUUAAGCCGAGGCACGUCGACAAGUUCGAAUGGUGGGGAGGCCACAGGUCGAGGGGAGAGCAUGUUGGAGAGCACACAGGCGACGCAAACGCACGCUGCACACGGCACACACGCGAGCCAUGGCGGCCACGGGGGCCACGGGACGCACGGAGGCCACGGCAGCCACGCGGGCCACGCCGCACACGACGGGGACGCGCUGCCCUCGCCCAAGCACACAGACAACCUGCCCAGCCCCUCGCUCAAGAAGAGUCUAUUCAAGAAGGGCAACGAGGAUGGACGCGACAAGGUGCUGGAAACGGUAAACUUUGAGCAGAAGUUCAGCACAUUGCCGCAGUUUAAACCUGAGGCGUGCAGUCCGAGUGCUAUGGUAGUCCCAAGGAGUCCACAUUUCCUAAGGAAGAAACACAACAAACUGGAGGAAGACGGCGCAGCGGUGACACCACAACUAGAAGCCGAGGUUAUAAACGCCAACGGCAUGCCCACGCCGCACUCGUACGGCACGCCGCACACAACCACCAAACUUGUCGGCAAUACCUUCUUCGGUCCAGAUUUCAAUCUUGACAGUUUCCGAGCCGUGACGGAGCAGGGCGCGGAGGAGAUGUCGCCGCACACGCCGUGCUCGGCGAGCGUGGGCGCGGCGGGCGGAGCGGGGUGCGGGGCGGGGGGCGCGGGGGCGGCGGGCGCGCGCGCCGAGGCCGGCCACCGGCGCGUGCUGGAGCAGCGCCGCCACCUCGUGCUCAAGCUCUUCCAGGAGCACGGCAUGUUCCCCACCACGCAGGCCACCUCCAACUUCCAGACAACGCACAUGGACAUAUUCCCGACAAAAAUGUCCCUUCAGCUCAAGAUCCGCGAAGUGCGACAGAAAUUGAUGGCGCAGUCAAAUCUCACACCACACUCCGAGGUCAACACGCCUACAAAUGUCAACUCGCCCUUAGUUUCCGCGGCCCUACAGCCUACUUCGACGGCCAGUUAG